AUGUCGACCAUUUUCGCCUCACAAGUCUUUAUAACCCCAAAUUCCGGCCACUUGAAAGUCUCCUUCCGCCCCGCAACCACCGCCAAACUCAAUAACUCCGCCUCGACUCCGCCAAGUCUCAUCCGGAAAGAGCCCGUUUUUGCUGUACCCGCACCCAUUAUCCACCCACUCUUCAAAGAAGACAUGGGAAAGGACGCGUACGAGGAAGCCAUCGUUGCACUCGAGAAGCUUUUAAGCGAAAAGGAAGACCUCGGACCAACAGUCGUCGCCAAAAUCGGUGAAAUCAAAGCUCAGCUGCAAACAGCCGAGGGAAGCGGCGGCAUUACCGCCUCAGCCUCAGCCUCAGCCUCAGAGUCUGUGGAGAGGUUGAAAAAAGGCUUCAUUCACUUCAAGAAAGAGAAAUAUGAGAAAAAUCCAGCUUUAUACGGGCAACUCGCCAAAGGUCAGAGCCCCAAGUAUAUGGUGUUUGCAUGCUCCGACUCGCGCGUGUGCCCAUCGCACGUGCUCGAUUUUCAACCGGGCGAGGCUUUCGUGAUCCGGAACGUUGCUAACAUGGUCCCUGCAUAUUGUCAGGUCUUAAUUAAGAAAUGUUAA